AUGGCAUUAAAUGAUGAACAAAGAUUGGAAAUUGACUUGUUCCUCAAGGUUGCUGAACAAGAAAAUCCAAAAGAUAUUUUACAAUUCUCUGCCAAUUACUUUAAUAAGAGGCUUGAACAACAAAGACAAAUGUCUAAUAAUAAUUCAGGUACAACCAGUUUGUCCACAAGCCAUAACAAUUCUUCUACAGGCUUGUUUAAAGGAAGCUUCUCUAUAAGUAAUGAUCCAUUUGAUCGUCCAGCAUCACCUGUGGAUCCUAAGGCUACUUUUGGUACCUCCACAAGUACGACGGCAGCUGCUUCUAAAUUGUUUAAAAAUUCAGCUGAUCCAAUGGAUCCUACAAGUGAAAAAUUGCAAGUUAAUGAAAAGAUACCAAUGCAUUUCAACGCUUUAAGAAGAACUUCUGUGAGUGCUGAAACUUUCCAACCAGAUAGUAUUGAAAAUUGGAAGCCUGAUCAUUAUUCAGAAAAGACAGGUGAGCAAUUGAAAAGAUUAGAAAAAGCUGUUGGCAAUAAUUUUCUAUUCAAUAAAUUAGAUGGUGAAUCUGCUACUCUUGUUAUUAAUUCGUUGAAAGAAGAAAAAGUCAAUGCAGGUACAGAAAUUAUUAAGCAAGGUGAUGAGGGUGAUUAUUUCUAUAUUGUUGAAAAUGGUACCGUUGAUUUCUAUGUUAAUGGUACAAAAGUGAAUUCCUCAGGCCCAGGCUCAAGUUUUGGUGAAUUGGCUUUGAUGUAUAAUUCGCCAAGAGCAGCCACUGUUGUUGCUACUACUCCAUGUAUCCUAUGGGCUUUGGACAGAAUGACUUUUAGAAAGAUUCUAUUGGGUUCCUCCUUUAAGAAGAGAGUUAUGUAUGAUGAAUUUUUAAAGAGUGUACCAAUCUUAAAGGGUCUAAGUAAUUAUGACCGUGGUAAGUUGGCUGAUGCAUUAGAUACAGAAAUUUAUGAACGUGAUGCUGUAAUUAUUCGUGAAGGUGAUCAUGGAGAAAACUUCUACUUCAUCGAAUAUGGUGCAUGCGAUGUGACGAAGGAAAAAGAUGGACUUGUUGCUAAAUUAAAUCCUCAUGAUUAUUUCGGUGAGGUUGCUUUACUAAAUGAUUUACCAAGACAAGCUACUGUAACAGCAACUGAAAAGACUAAAGUUGCUACAUUAGGUAAAGCUGGUUUCCAAAGACUUUUAGGUCCUGUUAGGGAAGUUUUAGAAUUCAAUGAUCCAACUCGUCAUUAA